CAUGGGGUCCUUGGAUAGAGUCCGUCGCCCAGGCAUUGCCUUCUGCUUCACCCUCCUGGAGGCUCAUCCUUUGUCUCUAAUUUGUAUUUCAUACUCUGACGCUAUGCUGCAUCCCUCAUCACCACCUCUCGCUCGAUCGUCUCCAUUAAGCUCCUGAAGCUCUUGUCCUGACCCUGGUUGCGCGUCUUACCCCCCCGUUGACCUCCUUGACCGUUUUGCCGCCGCUCUUCUCCCCAGCGCAGAACCGAACAGCAACUCAUAAAAAGAAAAGAAACAUAAAUUAUCACGAAAAAUGUCGGCGGGGACUCCCGUAUCCAAUGUGGGUACGAUUCCCCCCGCUUCUAAUGGGCAUCGACAUGGACAUGCUCGUCGUGGGCACUCGCGGUCAACCCGGUUCGCACAAGCUCCCAACACCCUAUCACUGUCUUCAUCCGACCUCUCGUCUGUUUUGCAGCAACCAUCACAGCCAUUGAUGGGCUCAGAAUAUAGCAAUGGGACCGUUUCAGACAAUUCCCACCAUGGACAUCACCAUUCCCACUCGCAUUCCCAUUCGCACUCACAUUCGCAUUCCCAUUCACACUCAUACUCACUCGCCUCGGGACAUUACGAUCCAUGGAAAGCAUCCUCACUCGAUGGCUCUGCUCACAAUCAUGCGAGAAGUGGCAGCACGGCUGGAAAUAUACUGGGGCUGGAGCCAGACACGCCCGUCACAUCUGCAGACCAUGAAUCAACGAGAAACAAUGAAUUGAUUGCGGGAAUAAUAGUCUCUCUGCCUUGGAUUGUUUUGUCGUGGUACUGCAAGAAAUACUCGGAGUGGAGUCCGUCAGAGUCUGCCACCGACAACCCUGAUUCCGAAGUACUGCCUGUUGGAAAUUUGGACCGAAUCCCAUUCAGGACGUCUAUCAUCACGGCCAUGACGAUGAUUAUCAUGGGCUGUGGGCAGAUAAGCAGACUGAACCAACGUGGUGGGAACUCAGGUGCUCCGAGCAGCCCGUUGAGUGCAGCCACGGCCACUACAGCGUUUGUGAAAGUGUGUUCUAUUGGUAUGCCGGUAUAUGCGGCUUUGAAAGUGAGCGGGUUUCUCGUCGCAUUUGCCCUGUCUCUUGCAAUGGCUGUGGGAGUUCCAACUUUUGGCAGCGAUCCCCGCAGCAGUUCGCAAGAACGAUACAGCUCGAAGAAAGUAUCUAUCACACUCCUGGCAUUGGUGACCCUUCUAAGUCUCUUCGGACAUAAUAUACCCUUAGAUCGAGAUCCGCUUCUGGGCUAUGUGGCCCUCCUUGUGUCAGUUUUUGCCAUCCGUCCUCCAUUCACCAAUGUCGGCCGCGUGGCGUCAGCUCCUGAACAUGGCCUGGGUAUUUCAAUCAGUGAAAAAGAUUCAAAACCUGGCUCAUUAUCUGCUGAUUCACUGGACAAUCCCGUGAUAAGUAUUCUCUCUGGGCUGCUUCUAGCGGUUGCUACAUUCAUUUUCUCGGAAAAUUCCCCGCUACAAGGUUCAGAUUUGAUGUACCUUGUGGUCACAUCCGGCUCCCUUGCGAUAUCUUUGCUCUAUUCAUCUUCCAUGGCCUUACGUUCUCCACACAAACUUGGCCUCGCGUUCAGUGCAGGGUCUGCGGCUUUACUAUGCUCGCCACCUUUGCGGGAUACGGUUCUGGCUGCGUAUUUUGCUCGGAGUACUUUGGCUGUAAUCUCGUUUUUUGCGGCUAGAUUCGAUGACAAACAUCUGCGUCUUGCAGCGCUUUCGCACAACCACCAUCAUCAUUCACACUCUGGGGCAAAUCCAUCAAGAGUGACAAAGUUGAUUCUUCGUCUCAGCGAGCCCUAUCCGCUCCUGUACAGCAUUCUGAAGGAAAGCGACUCUCGACGUAUCUUCUAUUUCAUGGCUCUUAAUUUCACUUUCAUGAUAGUGCAGCUGUCCUAUGGGUUUAUGACGGGAUCACUAGGACUCCUCAGUGACAGUAUCCACAUGUUCUUUGACUGCCUUGCGCUCGUCGUUGGUCUUUGUGCUGCUGUUAUGAGUAAAUGGCCGCCCAGCUCUAGAUUUCCAUACGGUUAUGGGAAAGUAGAUACCUUAUCUGGAUUUGCCAACGGCAUUUUUCUCAUGAUCAUAAGUAUCGAAAUCAUCUACGAGGCGGUAGAAAGGCUGUCCUCCGGGAGCCAGAUGUCCCGUAUUGGCGAGCUCUUGGCCGUCAGCUCUGCUGGUCUUGUUGUGAACCUUGUCGGCAUCAUGGCGUUCGACCAUGCCCAUCACGGGCAUGACCAUGGACACGGUCAUUCGCAUUCUCAUGGCAAUGAGAAUAUGCAUGGUAUCUUCCUUCAUAUUCUUGCCGACACGCUUGGCUCUGUCGCCGUUGUGAUAUCCACUAUCCUUGUUCAUUUCUCUGGCUGGGCGGGAUAUGAUCCGAUUGCUUCUUGUCUGAUUGCAAUCUUGAUUUUUGCCUCGGCAGUUCCCUUGGUCACCAGCACCGCGAAAACAUUGUUACUCACACUACCUGCUGACAUCGAGUACAAUGUUCGUGAUACCUUAGCCGGUGUUAGUACUCUACGAGGUGUCGUGGGCUAUACCGUCCCUAAAUUUUGGUUAGACGACACGGGAGCUGCUUCCGGACACGAUCAUGAUCAUGAUCACGACCACGCGCACGCGCACGACCACGACCACGGGCAUGGCCAUUUCCAUGGACACGACCAUGGUCAUAGCCAUAGCCAUAGUCACAGUAAUAGCCACUGCCACGAUCACGGCCACGGCCAUAAUCACAGUCACAGUCACGAUCACGAUCACGAUCACGAUCACGACCAUUCUCACGAGCAUAAGCAAAAUGUGUUGGGAGUCAUCCACGUCAUUGCCUCACGUGCGGCCGAUUUAGAGGAUGUACGACAACGGACAAUCGACUAUCUACGGGGAAAGAAUAUGGAUAUUCUUGUCCAGGUUGAGCGAGAAGGCGAUGGUCGUUGCUGGUGUGGUGGUGGUGGUGGAAACAAGAGCUCUUGAUCCAUUGCCCGCUAGCAGACGGCCGUUGUUUUCAUGUUGUAUAUGGAUAACCUCCGCUUUUUACAUAGGAUUACGGGUGGUCUUUUAGCGCCUGGGUAUAUAUGUGGAAAUAAAUAAUUCUUAUGAAUAUAUGUGGUUGGAGAGUUAUGCAAAUACUUAUAAAUAUGAUGAUGCUUAUUCCGAUGUAGUGCUUCUGUCGCUACCAUAUAGACAUUUAUAAAUUAGAACUUGGUGCUUAUUAGUCUUUGGAAAUACAAUCAUGCC